GCGAAAGAGAGACGCAAUUCCUGGCACUAUAAGCUUGUAACUAGUUCAACUGGGCUUUUAUCCAGUGAAGUCCAGGGACGGCCAAGCGAAAAACACUGAUACCUAGGAGGAAAGUCCCAGCUAGUCUUGAGGGGAGGGGGGCGAUGCUUAAGGACCCUGCAUAGAACAACAAUAGUUAACUGUGUAAUAGCUUCUAUAUUCAGUUGCUCCCUUAUACGGAACAAAUACCCCUUCCCCCUCCCGGCCAGCAUUUUUGAUUUGCAGCUUCCCAGCCAUCAGGCUCCUUCCAGUCUCUGGUGCUAAAGUUUCAGAUCGCUUAGAACCAUGGGGAAUGGGAUGAACAAGAUACUUCCUGGCUUGUUCCUUGGAAAUUUUAAAGACGCUCGCGACACAGAACAACUGAAACGGAAUAACAUAACGCACAUUCUUUCCAUCCAUGACAGCGCUCGCCCCAUGCUUGAGGGAGUGAAAUAUCUGUGCAUCCCUGCUGCAGAUUCACCCUCACAGAAUUUGGCCAGACAUUUCAAAGAGAGCAUUGAAUUUAUCCAUGAGUGCCGGCUUAUUGGUGAGAGCUGUCUUGUUCACUGCCUUGCUGGAGUUUCCAGGAGUGCAACCUUGGUUGUGGCCUACGUAAUGACGAUCACUGAUUUUGGCUGGGAGGAUGCGCUGUCCAUGGUACGAGCAUCACGAUCAUGUGCCAAUCCAAAUGCGGGCUUCCAGCGGCAGCUAGAAGAGUUUGAGAAAAAUGAUGUUGCUCAUUUCAGAGAGUGGCUUAGAGCAGAGUAUGGUGAAAACCCUUUGCAAGAUGAACAAGAAGCUCAAAACCUUCUGCAGAAGUACAAAGCACAUGCAGCAGCUCAGUCGAAUACUUCAGGAAGGCAGUGGGAUGAUAACUUUGCCUCCGUGGCCUUUGUCAAUGACUGCUCCUCCAUAAGGGCCACUAAUACGCCGUUCCAUGGAUGAAAACAAGAAUACUUAACUUUUAAGAGGCUGCAUUCAGACAUCAUGCCAAACCAUGGUUUAUCAUGACUGUGAUGACUCUUGGGGAGCUUAUGGCUCAUGUACUCCUCCCCUCCAGCACAGCCAUGAGAAGACCAGGAGCUUUUGCUUCCAUUUUCAAUUAACCACAGUUUAACAUUGUAUCUGAACCCUAAUCUGUGGUUAAUCUUAACUGUGCUUGUUUGAACCAAACUAGGUUCAUAACCAUGGUUUGAAGUUGGCUUGUUUCAAACAACCAUGGGUAAGAUUGACCAGGUUUCUGUCUGAUUUGGAUAAUAUAACAAGCCACAGUUGAUCAGCGAUGGAAGCAGAAGCUUUCAUACUCCUUAUGGACUUGCUGGAGCUGGGGUUGGGGGAGACAUGUGAGUCAAAGGCUCAUGUAAAUUCAGACCUAUCACAAUAAGCCAAAGUUUAUGAUGAUGUCCAAAUGCAGCCAAUGACUCAGCAGGGUAACUUGCUUUUACCUCCUCCUGCACAUGCACAAAGAGGAUGUGUUUUGUAUUUCAUAGCUCCAUGAUGGAAUGUCUUGGUUCUCUUAGUAAGCAUGUCUCUCAGUGUGAGAGGAGCAGGACUCCAGACUCCUUAACUUGGGUGUCACCCUUGCAUUUGACAUUGGCUUUACUGUGUGAACACUAAAACCGCUUUCUCUUCCAAUGGCUGUGUAAAGACCAUGCCACUUUCUGACUGUUGAAAUGCCAAAUUAUUUUAUACUUAUGCCUAUUCUUCAGGUUGACCACAUACCCAGGGUUUGGCACAGCUGCACUUUUCAAAGUUUCUGAAUCUUUGUGUUUGUGGGGGACAGGAGGGGACACAAUCAGCCCUAUAGUAGGGAAAUGUGUGCAUCAGGCAGAACUUGCGCUCAAGUGGAGCUUUGGUUUCAACGCAGCUAGUCGUGUGUCCGAAGAGGCAAGCUAUUGUGCACUGUAAAAAGCAGCUUCUCUCUUCAGCAAUAGAAAAGCUCUAGUUCUCACAUGUAUCCCCUUCUUUAAAUGAUUGUGUAAAAAAAUUCUCUUGGAAUAUAUAGCGAAUAGAGUUGUAUAUUUUAUUCGAGAGUGGAGCAUAAGUAUUACAGAUAACUUUAUCAGUAUUUAUUGUACUGGCUUUUGUCUCAGAGAUGUUCAUUCAGAUUAUUUUUUAUGGUUGGAGAGUGGAGGGAUUUCAAAGUAUAUCACAAAUGUAUGUAUUUAAAGACUAAAAUGCAUUUAUAAUGGAUGUUCUAUAAUUAUAUUUAAAAAAGUUAUUCUUGCACUACUACUAAGGGCAGGGAAGCUUUCUUAUAUACUAAUCAUCUUGAUGAUGUUUCACCUGUGAUUGCCUUCCCCAAUUGAAUAUAUUCAAUCAAAACUUCAGGUCUUUUUUAUAUACGUACAUAUAAAUGAAACGUCCAGUGUUUAUGUUGUCACAUUUUCUGAUUAAAAUUGACGUGGUUGA